GGCUUGAUUGCUGCAUGUGUGCAUUCCAUGAUGCAUCAUGAAAUCAGAAUCCGCUCACCAUGUCUGAAAAGCAAUGCUCUUCCUCGUCCAGUCCGUAUUCCACACAGUCGACUGCCAGUAACAAACCAAAUAAUCCCUCACACUCCAUCCUCAAUCUCCUGAGCACUGGAACUGGUGCAUGCACACUCAUGUGACACGUGUCCCUUCCUGGAAAAAAUAUGUGUAUCCGCGUGCAUUGCACUCCUUCGUGACGUCCGUCCUGCAUCCAUAUGUACACAAAGACAUAUCAUGGGCUGACGUCAGCCAAUGUCGAUGUGUGCGUGUAUGUCUGUGUGUCUUCCUUCGUGACCACCCUCACCAUGCUGUAUGCCGAUCGCAUGGUGUAUCUUAGUCGUAGCCCAGCGCGUCGCACAGGCGUUUUUGUAGUUGGGUUUUGUUGCCGCCGACCAGCAUUUGGUAAGCCUGAACCAUUAGACCAAGAGCAGUACAUGCGUGUCUCUGUGCAUACGUGUGUGUCCAUGAGUCCAAGUUCUUUACUCUGCAAUAUUCCUUUAACUCCACGACCUGAAAUCCACACAGACACAGUGAGACAUUCCAUGUGUCUGUCCAGCCGUCCAAACGUAUCUCUCUUCUAUCAGACCAGCAUGUUUUUGAUUUCUUCUUUUGUCGGCUUUGUGGCGUCCUCGGGGAUCACAGGUAGACGAUGACUGCAGAACCACAACACACAACAAGUUGCACUACAUCGAUCGAUCGCAGCACCCUGCCCCAUAUAAAACUCCCCUUACCAACUCACCUGUUGCCUGCCCUUCUUGCUUUGUCUCUUGCGCAUCAGAGACGAUGUAGAAUGCAAUGGCUCACCCUUCCAGACAUCACAGAUGCACACGUAUGUAGCUCUCGUCGGGAUAUUGUUGGUUGACUCACUGACCUCGUCUUGUUUCCCCUCGCCCAUCUGCUGGUCUCCCUCCUGGCACGCACCCGUCGGCUUCUCUUCCUGCUUGCCACGGCUGCAACACACAAGCAAGACAUACGAAAUUCCACAUCGAUCAACCACAAUCGCCUGCCUCAUACAAACCCAGGUCACCAACUCACCUGUUGUCCUUCUUGCUCUCGCGCCUUGGUGCCGCAACAAGCAUUGCUGCGGGGCGAAGGAAGAGCGGUCGGUUCUCAUCGGCGGAGGAUGAGAGCUCAUCGCAGUUGUCGAAGUUCUCGGCCGGCUGGAACAUGCCAUCGAUGGGCGGGUGAAAGUCACGAAGUAUCGACCCAUCCAGUCUGUUGACGAUGUUGAGGCUCUCGGCGAGUUGGUUGCGCUGCUUGAUGGCGAUGAAGAGGGCGUCGCGCAUCUGAUCCCACGUGUAGUCCUCGGGCACGACCCCUUUGCCGUAGUAGGUGCGCUUCUGAACGGUGAACUGUACAGUGAAGCGGCUGAGCGUCUUGGACCAGUAGAUUCCUAAUGCUGGCAGCACCGGGCCACGAUCCCCAUUGCGCCGCCCCCCUGUGAGGCUCGUCUUGAGGUGCUUGAGGAGGCAGGUGGCUUUCUUUGUGGCGCUGACGGUGCUGCUCGGCUUGAUUGUGCUGGGCUUGGUGCAGCUUCCGUCGUUCUUUGGCGUCCAGUCGCUGUCGCUUUGCAUCUGGCCGUCCUUGCGCUGCCCCCCACUAGUCAGACGCUUGACGCGCUCCUCACCGUCGACCGCACGAUCGCCGAUGCACACCGAGGGGCCCCCGUCGUUGAUCUCGUGAGGCAUGUCGAUCUGCGGGAGUCCAAAUUGGCUGGCCAUCAUGUUGCGGGCGCGGACGGCAUCAGAGAGAGAUUUCUUGAGACAGCGGACAGUCCAGCGGGCGGGUUUGAAGCGGCCACCCCACGCUUUCUGCUGGCCCUUGCGGCGGGUACAAUACGAGUAUCUCUUGGUGUCCCAGUAUACACCUGACAAUAGCAAGGGUGCAAAGAACAAUAGAGACAUUGUGUUGUGGGCAUGUAUGUAUUUGAGGGUAUGAUGUUGGGCACCGAGCGUCUCAUUGUCGGCUGCGCUUCGCAGCACGUCACAGAAAUGGCGGGCAACCAUCGAGCCCUUGUUCUUGCCCAAGUUGCGAUCUUCAUCUAUCUUGUCUAUGUCUGACACAUGCCACAGAGACACACACACCACAUACAUUUUGAGAAUGAGAUUGUUUUGCGCGUACUGAGUAGCAGCCGCGGCCGCAUCGAUGGGGACAAGAACUUCGUCGGCCCGCCGUCGGCCGCAUCUGGAGAGCUGCCCAAGGGCAAAAAGCGACUGCGGCGGUGCAGAGGCGGAUCACUGUGCUCACAUCUGCCGCCCUGGCCCUCUCCCUCUUCCUCCUCCUGUCCCUCUCCCUCCCCCUCUUGUGCUCCCAGAACAUCCAGGAACGUCGCAAGUACUGCGGCAUGAGAGAGGGGCGGGUUCUGCAGGGCGGGCGGUGCAGGAGACGGAUGCCAGCGGGGGUCGGGGACAAGGGGCGGGAGCAUGCCAUCAGGGUGUUGGCUGCCAUCCAUAAUGUGAGAAAAAGCUGCGAGUCUCAGACUCAUCCAAGCUUGGUGCCGGGUGGCACCCCAAUUGCG